AUAGUAACUCCAUAAGUCAGAGCUUCUAAGAUCCAACACUUUACUUCUUGUCAGAAGGAGAAAAAGCAUAAUCUUACUUCCUUCCCUUCUCCAAUUUUUUUUCUCCUUGCAGGGACUCCACCUUUUAGAGCUAAUUCACCGAGAGAAAAUGAGUGGAGAAGGAAAGGUGGUCUGUGUGACAGGAGGGUCUGGUUACAUAGCAUCCUGGCUAAUCAAAUUCUUGCUUCAAAGAGGCUACACUGUCAAAGCCACUGUCCGUGACCCAAAUGAUCCGAAGAAAACUGCACACUUGCUUGCACUUGAGGGAGCCAAGGAAAGACUUCGCUUGCUCAAAGCUGAUUUAUUGGAAGAAGGAUCUUUUGAUGCUGCAGUUUAUGGGUGUGAAGCUGUUUUCCACACAGCCUCCCCUGUAUCCCUUCAAGCCAAUGCCGACCCUCAGGUUGAACUAGUUGAUCCUGCAGUGAAGGGAACACUUAAUGUUCUUAGAUCUUGUGCAAAAGUGCCUUCUAUCAAGAGAGUGAUUGUAACAUCUUCAUUUGCUGCUGUUCCUUACAGUGGCAAUAAUCUGGCCCCUGAUGUAAUUGUUGAUGAGACUUGGUUUUCUAACCCAGCUGUUUGCGUGGAACAGAAGCUUUGGUAUCAACUUGGAAAAACAUUAGCCGAGCAGGCUGCUUGGGAAUUUGCAAAAGACAACAGGAUGGAUUUGGUUACAAUAAAUCCCGUGUUUGUUGUCGGUCCUCUUUUGCAGCCAACUAUUAAUCAUUCUGUGGAGAUGCUUUUGAACCUCAUAAAUGGAGCUCAAGAGUAUCCAGAUGCAUAUUACAGAUCUGUUGAUGUAAGAGAUGUUGCACAUGCACAUAUUCAGGCUUUGGAGAUUCCUUCAGCUAGUGGCCGAUAUUGUUUAAUUGAGAGAGAUCUUCACUUCUCUGAGGUUCUGAAGAUUGUGCAUCAACAUUAUCCUACAUUGCAACUUCCAGAAAAGAGUGGCCCUGGAUUGAAUUACUUAACAAAGUAUGGGAUAUCAAAGGAAAAAGCGAAAACUUUGGGUAUUGACUUCAUUCCUUUGGAGGUGAGUUUGAAGGACACUAUUGAAAGCUUGAAGGAAAAUGGCUUCCUUAGCAUUUGAUUUUGGCUGUUGUGAUGGAAAGCAAAUCAAAUAUUACAUAGGCCUUUCAGCUUCAUUGUCUUUAGCUCCCUACUGCAGCAAGAAAUUGUUGCUCUUCAAGAUUGUCUUCAUUUGAAAUAAGUGGACCAACACAUUUAUAAAUAAAUAGUAAUGUUUGUAUAUGUUGUGUAAAAUAAAUAAUAUUUCAUGUGUCA